UAAUAACAACAUCUAUGAUUAUAAUGAACAGUAUAGAGUUACUGAUGGAUUCAGGGUUAGAAUAUAACCUUAGGCAGCGUAUGCUGGUCGUAAGAGGCAACUGAAUGAAUCGGGUGGUCGGGAUCGGCGACUUCACUGAUUGAUUGUUAUCAUACCCCGACGGCGUAGAGCAUUGCUCACAAUAGUGAUCACUGGUUGUCUGGUCCAAACUCGAUGAUGUACAGGCCGCCGCCAUAGCUGGAGUAUUGCUGAGUGCGGCGUUAGAUAUCAAACAGUCACUGAACAUGAAUGUAUUUAUGAAGUAUAUCAGGGUUGGUUUCACUGUAUUUCAUUGAGUCUACACUGAACCAUAAUGCUUUGGGACGACUCAUUGCGUUGUGAAACAACAUUCACUCACAUAUUCAGUAUAAUGUUCAAAGCGAUUGUUAUUCCUGUAUCCUAAUGAUACCUUUAAAAGGUCAACUUGGAUCUUUGCGUGUCAUGUACCCCUACGGAGUGGGGUGUUCAUGAUAUCAAUCACUUGUUAGUCUUGUCCAGACCCGAUUUUUCACCGAAACCUUCAUGUAUCGGCAAUAUUCAAUUUGUUUCUACUGCGCCGUUAAACAUUACUCACGCACCCUCUGUACCUUUCAAAUAGACUUAAAGUCAUGUAUUGAUACUAAAUAGUUCAAACAUUCUCUUUUCAUAGUGUAUAUAAUUUUAAAAACAUUUAAUCGAUAUUUCAUCAAUAAUUAGCGUAAUGAAAAUGGGUUUGAAAAUAUUGGCGUAAAUUAUUCUGCCCAGGACUAUCUAUUAAAUGACGUAGAUAUACAUGUUGGACGUAUAUGACAAAGCCCCGUUCAUCCGCACGGUUCCAUUCCUUGUAGUAUCACAAUUGUCGGAUUAACAUGUCAUUGAAGUUACAUCCUUUGAAUAUGUGUACACGUAAUCCCCGAUCUUCCGGAAUACGGUUUUCCAGACUAACGGGGUUUCACUGUAUAAAGCGUCAGACAAUGUCAAAGUUAAUAUCAUUUCUGGAUAGUCAGUCAGCCGUCAGAUUUUAAUUCUAUUUUUAACCAUCUCACUUGUCUUUCGAGUUCGCGACAGUUGUCGCAGCAUAUGGUGAAGGCGACUUUGUGACGUGCUCCACGGAACAGGAGAUGGACGAGGCCCUCUCUUCCGUCAAGGAUUCCGUCCUCAGAAUCUACAUCCGAGAUGUCUCUCCUGCCGUAUCCGAGGAGGAUGAAUGGGACUUUGACCGGAGGAUGCAGGGGUGGGGCCGAGGGUGGGGCAGGAUUGGUGGCAAGCGAGGUGCAGGCAGAAUGCCAAUGGAAGGAAUGGCCCCUCCUCACUUUCUCCGAUGGAUGAAGCGCAUGAAACGCUGGAAGAAGAAGAAUCAGUGCCAUGAGUUAAGGACUGAAGGGGAGGCCACUCCCGGUGAAGAGUCCGACAAAACAGCAGAUGGUGGCGCCCAAGCGGAAACUACGAACGAUGCACCUGAGGUCACAGAGGGCACAUCUGAUAGUAAUGAUACAGAAAUGAAGGCAGAUGGCCAAAGAGGAGCGAGAAAGUGUGGCAAAGGAAAGAAGGGAAGCCGAAAAUGUCAUAAUCACGAUCAACACCAUGUUGAAGACCCCCAGACCAAAGAGGAUGGAAUCUUCGGAUCCUCGGAUGAGGACAUGCCUCCGCCAUUUCUCGGCCACCCUGGUAUGUUUGCAGGUGGCCCAAUGCAGUUCUGGGGCAUGAUGGGAACGCAUCCUUAUGCCUGGGGUGAAGGUUGUUGGAAACGAAGAGGAUGGGGGAGACGUGGUGGUCGUGGUGGUCGUGGAGGCUGCAAGAGGAGGGGGGAACACUUCAGUGAGACGGAACCUUGGAACGACAUGGGUUUUGCCGGAUGGGAAGAUGGACGAGGUGACCCAAGAGAGGGCGACAGAGGUCGAUUCAGGGGUCACCCUCGAGGUGAAGGUCAUGGUCAGGCACAGUGUCCUCGCAGACGCUGCCGCCGUCACAAUGAGGCUGAUGAGCCAAUGGAAGCCUGCAUAGAAGAAAUGCGCAACGUCAAGGCCACUGACGACGUCAUCACGCUUGAUGUUGGGGACGAGGCGCCCAAGAUGUAGACAGCUGAAGCUUGAAAGAGACGGACAUGUGCAGCAUAUCAUUUGGUUGCAAUUUGAAUAUCUAAGACCCUGUCAUGAAGAACUAUGUUUAUAAUUCCUUCAAUCAGACACGGACUACGAAAAGUCCAUAGUUCAAUAUAUUUUGUACAGGACAUAGCUUAUAUUAAAAUAUUGAUUCUGAUGAAUUUAUCAGUGGUGCAUAACAAAGUAUUCUCAUUAUGUGUUGCUUGAACGUAAAUGUACAUAUGACCAUGACUUUGAUGUUGUCGCUAUGGCAACUGUACUGCAAUAUACUUUUUGUAAAUACAACAUUCAUGGUUUCAUUCAGUAUUGUGUCAUAUAUGUGCUUUUACUGAUACUGUUAUUUUGUUUGUUAUUUGAAUUAAUUUUUUUCCAAGAGAUGAAUAAAAUGUGUAUAUUGUAAAACAUA